AUGAGUGUUGAUUUGUCAUCUUUAAAUCGAGCAUCGAUAACGGCUGAACACUUACAGAUCAGCGGUAGUCUGCAUGAUUUUUUAUUCGGGGCAGUGGCAGAAUUUGUAGACAAUGCUCGAGAUGCUAAAGCUGUGACGUUACAUAUUGACUACAAUAAUGGACAACUCAGUUUUCUUGAUGAUGGCUGUGGAAUGAAGAGAGAAGAAGUGCUCUCCAUCAUUUCUUUUGGUAGUUCUUCCAAAAGUGUUGAUCCAGACAUGAUUGGACGGUAUGGAAAUGGAUUGAAAUCAGGCGCUAUGCGAUUAGGAAAAGAUUUCAUAUUGUUUACGAAAAAGGAAGGACUAAUGACGUGUAUGUUAUUGUCAGCAACAUUUAUUGAGGAGCAUAAUUUCAAGGAAGUUAUUGUACCGAUUCCAUCAUUCCUGGAAAAUCGUCAUCCUUAUUAUGAAAGCAUGCAUCAAGUGCAGAAGCAUGAAUUAGAAAUGCAAAUAAUUUGUCAUUACUCACCCUUCCACAAUGAGUGUGAAUUACUUUCUCAAUUUUCUCGGAUAGCAACAGAUACAGGAACUCUGGUCGUAUGUUACAAUCUUAGGUGCACUGAAAAUGGUGUUUAUGAAAUGGAUUUUGCAACAGACACAUCUGAUAUUCGGCUAACCAAUUGUUUUCCACAAAGAGAAGAAGAAAAGAAUUCGUUACGUGCGUAUCUAUCGGUCCUCUACAUAAAUCCACGGAUGCGUAUCUUUCUACGAGGGGAUAAAGUAGAAACAAAGCGGAUCAUAAGUACACUUUAUAUGCCGCUCAUGUAUCGUCACCAAGUAAAAAAUCCUAAAAUUUGUACUCAGCGUGAAUUCGAAAAGUAUGAACAGAAAAAAGUGGAAUUUUUUUCCAGUUUAGUAGUAAAUCACGUAGCGCAAUGUAAAUCACAAAUAGAAAAUUUCGAGCUGACAUAUCCUGAUUACAUAACCAACUCACGCCUUCAUGUUCAUCAUCAAAAACUAUUGAAGGAAAUGGAGGAUGCUGAAAAAGUGUUGGCAAAAACAGAAACUGGAGCAAAAGAGUUGCAAAAGUUGAAAUCAGAUCCUAUUCCGUUAAUUUUUUAUUUUGGCUUUAAUAUUCAUUGUCGUGAUUGUUAUGGAUGCAUGUUGUACAGUAAUGGUCGAUUAGUUCGAAUGUAUGAAAAACUUGCAGUACAUAAAGAGAAGAAAAAUAAUUCCAAGAGAUGUCUUGGAGUAGUAGGAAUAGCUGAUAUUCCGUAUUCUUUUUUGGAACCAACACACAACAAACAAUCAUUUGUAAACAAGCGCGAAUAUACUAAUAUCUUGAAAGCACUGAAUGAUUAUCUUGUACAGUACUGGACCGAUGUUGCUAUUGAAACUGUCGAUGGUGGUAUAGAGUGUUUCUGGUACGAUCUUUUUGGUAAAAUAGUAUUAUGA